AUGGGUCGGUCCGCCAGUUCCCCGUACCUCUCGGAAAAAGUGAAGAACUACCCAAGCCCGGCGGGACGGCGGACGCGACGUCGCGUAUACGUGAUCGCAGCGGCCGUGGUCGGCGCAUUGCUCAUCAUCGCCGUGAUCGUCCCCGUCUACUUCGCCGUGAUCAAACCCAAGUCAAACUCGAGCAAGUCGUCCACGUCGGAUUCGUCUGGAUCAUCUGGUUCGGGUUCGGGGCCUGGAUCAGGUUCCGGAGGCGGAUCGAGUGGAGGCAAGGGAAGCCAGACGUUGGCUGUGACGGGUGGUGACGGUAGCACGGUCACCACUGACGAUGGCAGCACCUUUACAUACUCCAAUUCCUUCGGGGGAUACUGGUAUUGGGACGAGAAUGACCCAUUCAACAACGCUGCCAAAGCCCAGUCCUGGACACCCGCUCUCAAUGAGUCAUUCAACUGGGGAACAGAUAUCAUCCGAGGCGUCAACCUUGGAGGCUGGCUAAACACGGAACCAGUAAGUUGUAUUCUCUCGCCUGCUCUAUACGAACCAUAUGUGAACCUCACGGUUCCCGCGGUGGAUGAAUGGACGUUGAGUUGGGCGAUGGGUAACGACUCGGCAAACGGAGGCCUCAAACAGCUGGAAACUCAUUACCAGACCUUCAUUACGGAGAAAGAUUUUGCAGAAAUUGCGGGUGCUGGCCUGAACUUCGUCCGGAUUCCUCUUCCCUAUUGGGCAAUCGAGACGCGCGAUGGCGAACCUUUCCUUGCCAAGACCUGCUGGACGUACUUCCUGAAGGCCAUCAAGUGGGCGCGGAAGUACGGCUUGCGCAUCAACCUUGACUUCCAUGCUCUUCCUGGCAGUCAGAACGGCUGGAACCACUCCGGACGUCUGGGCGACGUGAACGUCCUCAAUGGUCCGAUGGGUUUCGCGAACGCUCAGCGAUCCCUGGACUACAUCCGCAUCCUCGCCGAGUUCAUCUCCCAGCCGCAAUACAGCGACGUCGUCGUGAUGUUUGGUAUCACCAAUGAGCCACAGGCGCCUAUCAUCGGUCAGGAGAACCUGUCCCGAUACUACUUGCAAGCAUACAACAACGUCCGCGGCGCGACGAACAACGAAGUCGGGAAGGGCCCGCUCGUAUCCUACCACGACGGCUUCCUCGGACUCACUAAGUGGGCCGGCUUCCUCCCUGGCGCAGACCGCAUCGCUCUCGACUACCAUCCCUACCUCUGCUUCGGUGGGCAGCCCACGACGCCCAUGUCUGCGCAGACCACGCGCCCGUGCGACGCCUGGGGUGCCCAGAUGAAUACCUCUAUGGACGCCUUCGGCAUGACCGGCGCCGGCGAGUGGAGCAACGCCGUCACCGACUGCGGCAAGUGGGUCAACGGCGUCAACCUCGGCACGCGAUACGAGGGCUCGUACGCCGGAUUCCCCGCUGUCGGAAGCUGCGACCCCUGGACGGACUGGCAGACGUGGGACGACGACUUCAAGUCGUCGAUGGAGCAGUACGCCAUGGCCAGCAUGGACGCUCUGCAGAACUGGUUCUUCUGGACUUGGAAGAUCGGCAAUUCGAGCGUCACGGGCAAGGUUGAGUCCCCGGCGUGGUCGUACCAGCUUGGGCUCGAGAACGGCUGGAUGCCGGCCGACCCUCGCAAGGCCGUCGGAUUCUGCAACGGCACCCAGCCCUGGAGCGGCACCCUCUCCUCGGGCAGUGGCCAGAUCGCCGCCUCCGCGACCGCGACGAUCACCUGGCCGCCCACGGCCCUCAGUCACGCGGGCGACGUGACCACCCUCCCGUCCUAUACGCCAACCGGCACGAUCCCGACGCUGACCGCUGCGUCCGUGUCCGCGAGCGGUACGUCGAUCGACGUCGGCGACGGCUGGGCCAACACCGCCGACUCGACGAGUAUUAUGGUCCCCAUCGCGACCUGCAACUACCUCGAUCCCUGGGUGGGCGAGAACGCCGACCCGCCGUCGCCGCUGUGCGGCGGCAGCGCGGCCAAGCGCGCCCCCGUCCCCGAGCCCUUCAUCACCCCCGCUCCGUGA